AUGCUGCUUUCUCCUCCUGGCUCUUUCCUGGGCCCUCUUCGGCCCAGGUUGGGGUUGAAGGGUUGUGCAGUGCCCUGUGGCACUCCCAUGCUGGCUUGUGACUUCUGUGUGUGUUCUUGUUCGCCUGAACUGUCAGUCCAGCCCUUCCAGAAGAGCGCGGGCUCCUGCCACCCUCACCACCCAGACUCCACGGGACCUCAUCCGACUCCAAGGUUGGCGAGGGAGAUGGGAUGGGGUCCCUCUUGGCACCGCGGCGCCAAGUGCAGCAUGACCACGGAUAAGUUUCAGCGACCGCGAAGCCACUGCUCGUCGAUGGAUGGGUCUUGCGUGAGUGGGAACCAAAAGGAGGUUGUCAGCCAGUGUCGCGUGCCCACAGGAGGCAAAUGCAUGAUUGCCGUACCUUGUCGUUACACCGUGAAGGCUUGCCCGCCAGAGGCGGGGCGCGCUGAGCGCGUCGCUUCGAAGCGCCUCUGCAAGCAGGGGCUGGUCUACUUCCGCCGCGAAGUGGCCGACAGCAGAGCGAUGUCUGGCUUCAGCAACGUGUGCAAGGGCAUUUCACCAGCCUCAACUUUUGACUUCAGCUCCAACUUCAGCUUCAAGGUCUCACUUGCACUUAUCGUUGAUGGCGACGACUGCUGGCCUGGCGCUACAGUUAUGAUGUGUGGACGCUUCGAGUCAGAGCGCGGCAUGAUCACAUAUAGUUCUGAGGAUCCGAUAGUGCAGCGCGAGCAGGAUUUCGUCUUUAGUAAUAUCAUCGGGUUUUGCCCACAUGGCGCAACCUGUCUGUCGCCCUGUCCUUCCUCUCCCUGCUCAGGGGCCGGCAUUUUUGCAUAA